GAGUGAAUUUCGAAAAGUAAAAGAGCCGAACAGCGCCUCGAUCCGACGGUUUUUAAAAGGAAGCGGUUGUUUGUUGGGUUGUUUGUUAAACGUGUGGUGUGUGUAAUAAUUUUUCGUAAGACAUUUUGGUGUGUGAGAAUUAUCCUCAAAAAUAUUGAGAGUGAAACAUUAAACGAGGAAAAUUGAACGCCUACAAGAAUGUCGCCAAGGAGGACCCGUAGAGGUACCAUUAAACAAGAUAAUGCUACUCCAGAUACGACAAAAAGGGAGAAGAAAAAAAUUACUUCUCCUAAAGAAACGUCUCAUUCGCCACCAAAAAGACGACGAACCACUCGAGCGGCAAAAACAAAAUCGACGAGUGAUACAGAGGAGAAUCGCCCGAAGAGUGUUUCGAAAAAAUCGACUCGCAAAAAGCCGAUAAAAUCCGAUGAUUCUCUAAUAACGGAAGACGAGUCAUUUUCAACAAUUAAUAAUGUGAGUUUGAGAAAUACGACAAAACGAAAAAAUAAUUCCCUUCUAACCGACGAUGAAAGUCCAAAAAAUUCAUCGCGAAUUGUAAAUUUAAGAACCCGUAUGAAUACUACUCCAAAAAGUAGUCCAAUCGCUGUGACAUUGUCGCCACACAGAUCAAAGAAAACACCACGACGAUCGCCUGAUAAUCUUGGAUCACCAAAAACACAUUCAGCCGAUACUCCCAUGAAACUAUUAAAAACUCCAAGAAAACUUGUCAUUAAAAAUUCACCAUCAUCAUCGUCGUCGUCUGACGAUUUAAAAUUAAACGCAAAACGACGUGUUGCAUCAAAAUCACCGAGUUCACGAUCAAAACCAAAAACUCCAUCACCAACAAUAACAUCAACGUCGUCGGUGGCAAAAAAAAAAUUAUCCACCCCCAAAAAGACGACGCCAUCGCCAAAAAAACAAUCGCCAAUUGCCAAAAAAUCAACUAGACGAAAUACAAGAAGAAGUCUAGCUCCUAUGAGUGCAAAAAAAGUAAUUAUUUCACCGCGUUUAAGUUCAAUGGCAAAAAAAUCACCUUCACCCAAAAAGAAAUCACCUACAAAAUUAAUAUCGUCGCCUAAAAAAUUAUCAUCACCAAGAACAAUGGCAUCGCCGAAAAAAUCACUUUCACCAUUAAAAAAGCAAACGCCUUCACCGAAAAAAAAUUCACCUAUUGGCAAAAAAUCGCCUAAAAUAAUUACAAGAAGGAGUUUAGUUUCACCGCGUGAAGAAAAAGUUACUUCACCUCAAAAUAAAACAAUUUCUUCAGUUUCCAAGAAAAAAUCACCAAGGCUAGCAAAACUUUCAUUGCCAGUUUCAAAAAUAAGGAAAUCUCCAAUUAAAGCUUACUCUUCAUCCAAGUCAAAGGUUCCGGUUGUAAUUUUGGAAAAAGUGAAUUCCUCCACCCGAAGAAGUGAGGGUUCAUCACCAAAAUCGCAAAAAUCGCCCGUGAAAUUAAGUCCCAGACGUUCAAAUUCUAUUGUCAAUACAACAUCGACUGUUUCGCCAAAAAAUCUUAAUAAUUCGGUUAAAAAAAUCAUUUUCGAAUCGCCUUCAACACGAAGAUCUUCUAAAGAUAGUAGACUUCAUUUGUCGCCGAAAGUAACAUUGCGUCGUUCUUUAAAUUUAACGGGAUGUUUCGAUGAGUCAAUUUCUGUAUUGAGAAAAAAAUCAUCGACCCCAAAAUACAAGAGCAAUCGUAAUCGUUCUGGAAUUGAAAAUGAAUCGGAGCCCGAUAUGAGCGAUACGUCACUUAUUAAUAUGAGUGAUGUUUUUGAUUCUGAUGUUUCGCAAAAGGAAGAAAAAGAAAAGAAUAAAAAUGGAACUUAUGAACUUGACGAGCCUAAAACUCCAGGAUUGAGAGCCAAAAAAGCAGUGAAGAGAUCAUCUUCAGCCAAUGCAAAAGGAAAUGAAGUGGAAAGUAAAAAAGUGCGUUUUGCUGAAAGUAAUGUUACAAAAACAACAACAACAACAAAUACAGUGAAAUUAAGAACAGGAACACCAGGUCAUAGGGCAUCAUUGAGAAGAACUUCAGAAGUAAGAAGUAAAUCAAAAUCUCCUCAAAGAGUGACAAAAUCAAUGAGCGCAAAUCAAAGACGAAGAUCAAGUUCCGUUUCAGUUGUUGAAGGAACACCACGAACGCCAGCUAAUAAAAAAACAUUAAAUUCCACUCACAGUUCGAAUGUAAAAUCAGAUCAUAAAGCACAAUUGGCUUCUGUUAAUCGUCUCAGUCGACCGAGAAUGUCUUUUGCAUCCGAGAAAAAAACUGAAACAAAAACACCAGUGCCGAAAAAAAUUCCCAAUUUCGCUGAAAUUCAUAAAAAGACUUUUGCAAAAAUGGAAUCAGUUGUCGAUGCAAAAAAACGAGUUGCCGAUCGACAUGUCGCUAUGGUUAAUCCAAUAUUAAGUGCCACAAAAUCAAUGCCAGUAGGUGCUAAUGAAAAACGUCUCGAGUUGCGAUUGCAUAAUGGCGUUUACAAUCGAUUUGGAUUUAAAAUGCGAAAAACCGAAGCUGUGGAAACCAUUAGCAAAAAACCAAUUUCGAUGACAAGUGAAAAGAAGUUGAACGCGAGGCGAGACAUUUUAAAAGGUGUACGAACAAAUCGACGCUUUGAGUUACAAAUGAAAUCACGAAAGUCCUUUGGGUCCAAGUGAGAAAAAAAAAGAUAGUGAAUUAGACACUAAUAUUACCCUAGCCUUAAUAAAUUUACAUUCUUAAAACUUAAUUUUGAAACAACGUUCACAUAUUAAUGAAGAUAUCUAAUUUUUCAUCUGUGGAAAACAAAGAAGAAAAUUUGUGAACUUGUUAAUUUGUAAGUUAAGAAUAUUAUUGAGGAAUAUUCAAAACAUUUUAAAAUGAAACUAAAAAAAGAAGAUUUUCAGUUGUCUCCAAAAAGAAAAAGAAAAGAAAAAAUAUUCUCUUUGUUUUGAAGAAAUAUUAUCGCAAGACAAGAGACAAAAAAAUAUUUUGCAAAUACAAAUAGAAAAGUCUUGUUUGUAAAAUAUUUCAUCGUAUAGAUUUUAAUAAUAAGGGAAUUUACUUUUUUAAAAAAAAAAUGAAUUAGUCUAGUAAAAAAAACUAGUACAUUUAAAUGAUUAUUAUUUUUAUUAAAAUGAAAUAUAACGCAAGUGACGUGUUGGCUAACGAAUUAAAGAAAAAUUAAUUUAUUUCAUAAUAGUCAAAGCUUUUUUUUUUAAUUAAGCAUGUGGUACGUUGAUGCGUUUUUCAUGUUUUUUUUUAAAGUUUGAAUUGAAUAAAUUUGGAAAAAAUUUACUUUAGAAAAAAGAAAAAAAAAACAACUGGAAGACUACUUAAAACUCUGUAAAUAAUUUAUUACGAGACAUAUCGUUGAAGUGAAAACAAUUGUCAAUCAUUUUUUGUUGCUAUUUGACAUUCAGCGAAUCUAUUAAAAAGUACCAUAUUUCUUAAAAUGGUACACCUUUUGGUAAACCCAUCUUUUUUAUAAUAUUAUCUUUAUUUUUAAUUUUAAUCCAAAUAUUAUUUGGAAUUCCGCCUUUCAACUAUAAACUGUUAAUAUUGUUUCUCUUUAUUUCCUUUUAGAUUAAUAUUUGUCGAUUUAAUUAUAUUCUUUUUUUUUAGUUUUUCGUUUAAAUUUUCUUUUAUUUUUAUAAAUAUUUCAUUUAAUUUGCAAAUUGUUUACUUUUUUUUAAAGAAAUUUUAUUAGUUUCUAAAAUUGUUUUGUCAUUUUUAUGAUUUUAAAGUAUAUUCAUUAAUUAGCUCUUUACUUUUUUAUUGGAUGUUUCUUUUCUAGAAUUCAGAUUUCUUUUCUCUACAUUAAUAUAGGUUUCUUUUUAUUUUUAACGUUCUUUCCCUUGAAACAGAGCUUUAUUCUAUUUUUAAUACUACUUAAACAUUUUUUUUACCAUUGAUUAAAUGAUUGUUGAAUUGUUUGAAUGGUAAUGUAGUAGGCAUAAGGAAAUAAAGAACAGAAUGAAAAAAAUUAA